CGCCAACUAAAUCAGUCAGCACAGAAGUAAUGGCAAUGAUGCGACGGUCUUCUCUCUUCGCUCAAGUUACAGUUAUAUAGCCUGUGCCGCAGCGACAGCAUCUCUCCAAGUAAACAUGGCUACCAAGCUCGAAAAAGUCCUGCUUAUCGGAUCCACCGGCACGAUAGGGUAUCAUAUCCUGCAUGCCUUCCUGCCCAAAGUUGCCAGCUUCAAGCGCGUUGCUAUCUUCACGUCGCAGAAUACAGUGGGUACGAAGAAGGAACUGGUGGAUAAGGUGAAGGCCUCAGGUGUUGAGGUUAUCGUUGGUGAUCUAGGGAACGAGGCCCAGGUGAAGGAGACUUUCUCUGGGUUCGACACGAUCGUCUCUGCCCUCGGGCGCGGUGCGCUUCACCUCCAGUCCAACUUGAUCAGCAUCGCCGCCUCCCUCACCCCUCCCAAACGGUUCUUCCCCUCCGAGUACGGCACCGACAUCCGCUAUUCUCCUGUAACCUCACCCUCCGAGAUCCCGCACCAAAACAAGCUCAAAGUGCGCGCACAUAUCGAGGCUCUCGCACGGGAAGGAAAGAUCACGUACACCUAUGUGGUCACAGGCCCGUUCGCGGAUACGUUCUUCAUCUCCCGUAUGCCCAGGAUCGGACUCAAUAUGGGUAAUGGUACGUACGGGAUUGUAGGCCCGGAAGAUGCGGAGAAGCAGGAGAAGAUCAGUGGGACGACCUACAGCGACACUGCGAGGUAUGUGUUGAGCGCGGUGCAAGCCCCGCCGGAGACUACGAAGAACGCUACGCUCCGCGUAUCAAGCUUCACUGCAAAGCCUGCCGAGCUGCUGAAGGGGUUCGAGUCCGUUCUCGGGAAGAAACUCAACACGAUCUACACCCCGCUGGACGAGCUACGCAAGCUGGAGAAAGAGAAAUGGGCGGAGAAAGAUCCCUACGCCACUGUUUACACGCUCAAUAGGAUCUGGUACGAAGGAGGGAGCGAUUUCAGCCGCAAGCCUGUGGCUCUUUACUUGGAUGAGAAAACGGGUGAGGAUGUGGAGGAUGAGGAGCGGAGCAAGCACUUGUUUGAGGAUGUUCCGAAGCGCUCGUUAGAGGAGGUGAUCAAGGAGAUCGUCAUGUAAGAAUAUGAAGAAGAAAGACAA